AUGACGUUAGAAACAUCUCAAAGGAAACUACCGCGCACCGGCUUAGCUGCCCUGCUCACAAACCUCGAUAUCCCGGGCGAAAUCAAACUCCCAAAUGGCUCCAUCGUCCCCAUCGGCUCCGGUGAUCCCAAAUAUCGCAUCAUAUUCCGCUCUGAAAGCGCCCUCCGCACACCAAUGACAGAGUUGGGCGUUGGACGAGCCUACGUCUCAGGCGAUAUCCAAGUCGAAGGCGACUUUGGCGCUCUCUUUGGUGCACGUCAGAAAUUAGCGGAAAAGGUACCUCUCCGACAGAAACUCCAAUUCUUAUACGACUAUUUCCGCACCGCGACAACCAUGAACUCCAAAGCCGUCAACGACCACUAUGGUCGCGGCGACUACCUGUAUCUCAAAUUCAUCGACAAGAGAUUCAGGUUUUAUUCUCAAGGAAUCUUCAAGAACCCGGAUGAAAGUAUCGAGCAGGCUUCUGAGAAUAAAAUGGCGACUAUAUUCAAAGCCCUGAAUCUCAAACCGGGUAUGAGGGUGCUGGAUCUUGGUGGUGGAUGGGGUGGCGUGACACAGUAUUGUGGUGCGAGAGGUGUGCAUGUUACGACUUUGACUCUGACGGCUGACUCGGCGCGCUUCAUUGAGAGGCUAAUUACCGAUAAUAACCUGCCUGGUCAAGUGUUCCUGCAGGAUUUCCUUGAACAUAAGCCCGACGAGCUGUAUGAUCAUAUCGUCACGCUUGGUGCGAUUGAACAUCUCCCUGAUUACCGUCGAUUCUCUCGUUGUCUCUGGGAUGUAUUGAAGCCUGGUGGUCGAGUGUAUCUUGAUGGUUCAGCGGCUGUCACUAAAUUCGCAGUGAGUUCUUGGACUCGGGAUUAUGUCUGGGGUGGAACGCAUACUUUUAUGACUGUGCAAGAUGUUAUGGCGGAGUUCUUGUAUCAUGGGUUUGAGAUUGUGGAGGUGGCUAGGGAGACCAAAGAUUAUGAGUUGACUAUGCUGGAAUGGGCAAAGAGGUUUGAUGAGGCCAAGGACGAGAUUAUUGCGGGUUGGGGUGAAGAGACGUAUCGUGUCUUUCGCAUUUUCUUAUGGGGGGGUUCUCAUGCUUUCAGGUCCAAUUCUUUGCAGGCGUAUCACAUGGUUGCUGAGAAGACGGCUUCGAUGGGACCCCGGCCGUCAACUUAUAGGAGGGUUAUUCAGUUUUUGGGAAAUCUUCGCUAA